AUAUUUCUUGGAGCUGAAGCAGCAGGGUGCGAGCCUUCUGCCCCUUUCCGCCUACAAAUUAAAUCGCCAAAGAAACCCUAGCCAUCGAUCUAGUGAAGAUUUGAGAGAAACGCCAUGAGUCGAGGAACUGGAGCUGGCUACGAUCGCCACAUCACUAUUUUCUCUCCUGAAGGCCGUCUCUACCAAGUCGAAUACGCGUUUAAGGCUGUUAAGGCGUCCGGUAUCACGUCAAUUGGAGUUCGUGGAAAGGAUUCGGUGUGCGUUGUCACCCAGAAGAAGGUUCCUGAUAAGCUAUUGGACCAGACCAGUGUCACGCAUCUCUUUCCCAUUACAAAUUACCUUGGACUCUUAGCCACAGGGAUGACAGCUGAUGCGAGGUCCUUGGUCCAACAAGCAAGAAAUGAAGCAGCAGAAUUUCGUUUUAAAUGGGGAUAUGAGAUGCCUGUAGAUGUAUUUUCCAAAUGGGUUGCAGAUAAAUCACAGAUAUAUACCCAGCAUGCCUACAUGAGGCCUCUUGGAAUAGUUGCAAUGAUCUUGGGUAUUGAUGAGGAGAAGGGACCCCAACUCUUCAAAUGUGAUCCAGCUGGCCAUUUUUUUGGGCACAAGGCGACAAGUGCUGGCCUGAAAGAACAAGAAGCAAUCAACUUCCUGGAAAAGAAAAUGAAGAAUGAUCCUGCAUUCUCAUAUGAGGAAACUGUGCAGACUGCGAUAUCUGCACUGCAAUCGGUUCUGCAAGAGGAUUUCAAAGCUACAGAGAUAGAGGUGGGAGUUGUGAAAGCAGAGGAUCCAGCAUUCAGAGUGUUAUCGACAGAGGAGAUAGACGAACAUCUAACAGCAAUCAGUGAACGUGAUUAGCGGAGGUCCAUUUCAAUAGCUUGACUCAGUUUCAGAUUUCAGACUAUGUUUUAAACUUGUGUCAGAAUAUCUAUUGUGUCACUAUAUCUAUAAUGAAUUGGUUUUUCCACCGCCAAAUUUCCCAUGUAAUAUUGAGUUUCGUGCUGUCAAAUGGCUAUUGUCACAAUUUCAAAACCCUUUGAUCUAGGAUCAUGGCAUUCCCGGUGGAUUUGACAAUAAAUCUUUACAUCUCUCAGAA